AUGGUCAACCCGCGUGUCUUCCUCGACUUUGCGGUCGAGGGCGAACCGCUUGGUCGCGUCGUCUUCGAGCUGUUCGCGGAUGUGGUGCCAAAGACGGUCGAGAACUUCCGCGCUCUUUGCACCGGCUCAAAGGGCGUGAACGAGAUUGGGAUCCCGCUGUGGUACAAGGGCUCGCCCAUGCACCGAAUCAUCGCAGGCUUCAUGGUCCAGGGCGGCGACUUUACGAUGCGCAACGGCAAAGGCGGCGAGUCGAUCUACGGCCAGACGUUCGAGGACGAGGACCUGAGGCGCGAGAUUGAUUCGGAAGGGUUGUUGUGCAUGGCGAACAAGGGACGCAACACCAACUCCUCUCAGUUCUUCGUCACCCUGCGCCCUUGCCCUCACCUGAACGGCAAACACGUUGUCUUCGGCAAGGUGGUCAAGGGCUACGAAAUCAUCGUCGCGAUGAGCAAGAUGCCGGUCGACGCCAAGGACCACCCAACACAGCUCAUUACGAUCUCGCAUUGCGGCGAGCUCGAGCGCCGCGUCGCGGCGAAACCCAAAACCCCUCCUCCCGCCUCGCCAUCCGCCACUUCCCGCUCGCGGUCUCGCUCUCGCUCCGUCUCUCGCUCGCCUUCGCCCGACCGCAAUUGGUCCCGUUCAUCCCGCCACCGCUCUCGCCGCCACGACACCGAUGAGUCUGGCUCAGAAGACGACGACCGUCGCCGCCGUCAUCGCUCGUCCUCGCACAAACACCGCUCUUCUCGACGACACAAGCACCGCUCGUCUCGUCGCUCAGCGUCUCCUGCGCGGAAGGAGGACUCGCCCGAGCUCUCAGCGGAACAGAUUGCGGCGCUAGAGGCGCAAAAUAGGGAGGAAGAAACUGCGGCGAAAAGGAGACGUGAGGAGGAGGAGCGCGAGGCAGAGUUGCGUAGGCGCGAGGCGCAGGAAGCGAGGGAGCGCUACGAGCGGGAGCAGAUCGCGAAGGGCGGGAUCAUCUACAAGGGAAGGGGGCGGAUGAAGGCGGAUAGCGGUAGGGGUGGAAUGAGGGGCUGGUAA